AUGUUUGUAGUUCAUGGGGUUGAAUAUGCAUUUGGAGCACAUGAAACUUCGAGUACAUCUAUCUUUGAAGUGGAGCCAAAGAAGUGUCUCUGUUUCACAUUUAGGAAAUCAAUUCUUGUCGGCAAAACAGACAGCGGUGCGAAAGAAGACCGAGUCUUUAUGGAGAAACUAGCUGAAGAGUAUAAAGGAAACAAGUACCAUCUCAUCACAAGGAACUGCAACCAUUUUUGCAAUGAAGUUUGUGUUAAGCUUACUCAGAAUGCGAUCCCUAGAUGGGUAAACCGACUUGCUCGCUUAGGAUCAAAUGGUCUUAGGCCCUAUUAUAGGCCUAUUGUAAACAUAGACUUAGCACUACAAUCUUUAUAUCUAUAUAAGGGGAAAGACAUAAUGACUGCUGAAGUUAAGGUUGAGGAGAAGCAGGUGGAGUCAGAGGUUGUUGUUGUUCCAAAGGUGACAACAGUGAAAGCUGUUGUGGAAGAAGGAGAAGUGAAAGAGACUAAGGUUAAAGAAGAAGAUGAGAGUAAGCCUAAGGGUGUGGAGAAGGUUGAAAGAAAAAUUACAGUGGAGAGUUUAGCGUUAGAACCUCUCUGUGAUGAGAUUCUGGAUUAUUUCGCUGCAAGAAUGAUUUCAGGGAAAACACUUGAGAGAAAUCGGGUUAUGAAGAAAAUAAUAGAUUGUGAUUGCGUUUACAUACUGGCAAAGAGGGGAGCUUGUGAGUUGCAAGUACCGGAAUCUAACUAA